AUGCUUUGUGGAUUGUCACGCCUGUCACCACGCUCGAUAAUUGCAACGGCAUUAUUUUUCACAUCGGCAGUUCUCACGGCCAACUUUGGCAAGUGGUUCGGAGGAUCCGGCAUCCCCUCCUGUGGGUUGAGGCCAUGCUAUACUCCCAUCUAUGCAUCAGGAUUAGAGUUGGCCUUCAUGUCUGGUGCAGUGGCUCUUACUAGCGUGACAAACCAUAUCAUCGUACCGAAAUUUCUCACACGAUCAGAGGAAUCUAAGACCUUGUAUUCAUAUAUUGCUGGACUGGAGUUCGGACUGGGUUUAUUGAUCUCUGGGAUGGCCGAUAAUGCUAAGGUUCUGGGGUUCCUUGCAUUUCUCACAGAUCCGUAUCAUUUUGAUCCUUCUCUGGCGUUGGUCAUUGCGUUUGGUAUUGGUCCUUCUUUGUUGACAUAUUUGUCUAAGAAGCCCGGUCAAAUUAAUGAUAAAGAGAAAGUGGAAACAAAGCCUACGCUUGCGAAUCAAUGGAGAAUCCCCACUGCCACAGUGGCUGAUAUAGAUUGGCGGUUUGUUGCAGGUGCGAUUGUAUUUGGAGUUGCUUGGGGUUUCAGCGGAGUGUGCCCUGGGCCAGCUCUCCUCCGUACAAUGAUUCAGCCUACUUGGGGGCUACCAACAGCGAGUGGGUAUAUCGUCGGAAAUUUGUUCUAG